ACAAAUAUGGCCGCAGAAAUAUACCAGGUUCUGUGAAAAAUUUUUGGAGACCAAUCUAUUUCAUAUUCUUAGCAAAAUGGGUCGAAUGAGUAGAUAUAAGAAAAUAAAAUCAUGUGAUCCAUUCUAUAAGGGACCGAGGAAAGACAGCAAACCAACCAGUUCUAAGCCUCUAGCAAAGGAAGAAAAACUUGAAGAACAGGGAAUGCCAAGAGCUGCAAAGGAUCUUAUGAAAAGACAGCUGAUAAUGAAGAAAACGGCUACAAAGAAGAAAGCAGAAAAAAAGCAAAAGAAAACAGCCCAAUCAGGUACAAAAAAGUUUCAAAGAAUUCCUGGAGAAAGCAAGAAAGAGUAUUUUAUGAGAAUUGACCAAGAGGCCACUCAAGAAGUUGCAGAGGCUUUGAAAGCAUCAAGGAAAAUGAGAGAUGGAAGAAAAAAGCAUCUCAGAGACAGGAAGGAAAAGAUUAAAGAAAAGAAAAGGUUGUCAGAGAAAAAUGCCAGCUUUGACCUAACAAAAGAUGAUGUUCGGUUUGGAGAUGUCGUUAUGCAGCCUCCUUCCAUAACAGCAAAGCCAAGAAAAGCUGCAGAAGCAAACAAGGGAUCCAAGGCGCUGUUGCUGCACUCGCUACUUCCACAGAAGACAAAAGAGACAAAUAUGCAAAAUAGGACUCCAGAUAAUUCGGGGAUUACAAAAACCAAAAAACGCAAGCACAUGUCAGCUCUUGAGCAAGAAAAAGCCGACAAGGACAGAAAACGCGCCAUUAUGGCCUACAGGAUGAUACGGAAACAACGUCGUCAAGAACAGGACGGAAUCGCGUGAAACGUAAGAGAAGGAAUGUGGACACCUCUGGUGGAUUACACUCACGCGGACGUCUUUUUUCUCGCCGAGAAUUACGGUCCACACCGACCAUUCAUGAUGACCAUACAAAACUGAUUUGCGAUAUAAGAUUUUUGACUGAAGGAAUGAUUGUCUGUGGCCAGAGAGAUAGAGUUGUAAUUUAUUUGAAGCUGGUCUUCGCAGAGUUUUAUUAGGAGUCACUGAACGGAUGAUUAAUGGUGUCCAAGUCAAUAUGGGUGAUUAACGGAUGAUUAAUGGUGUCCAAGUCAGUAUGGUUCAUCGACAGAAGAAAAAAAAAAAAUUCGAAAAAUUAUUACGCUCAGAUAUCAAGAUCAGUAGGGCAAACAAACACAUCGUGAUCGGACGUGGAAAGAGGGAGCGCCAUCGAGCGACUUGUAUGAUUUGUAUAUCGACUGCAUUAAAUAAAAUUUUACUGUAACAAAGAGUACUGUAGGCGAAUUAAAAUAUUCUGAACUCA